AUGGCAAGAAGUGACAAAAAAAAUCGAACUUGUGAACGAUGUGGAAAAGAGUGUGCAAAUCCUAAUAAACUUCGUGAGCACUUAAAUAGAAAGUUUAAAUGCAAGCCAAUACCUAUUCAAACCCUCACCCCACAGAUCAAAAACCAAGGGGGUGCUCCAGUAGUCCAUGCUCGAGGAAAGGAUCGAAGAAGAGAGAAACCUGAGCCUAUUCAAGCACCCAUUCCACAAGACAAAAAUCAAGAGAAUGAUCCUGAAGCUGACCCCGGCCCAUCAACCCAAGCAUAUGCUUUAGCACCUCCGGCUAGAGAAGGACAGGUGGAAUCCAGCGAGGUCUCUUCAAGAGGUAAGUAUAUUGAUAGGCAUGCAAGAAAGCCUAGAGAGCAUUUAAAAACAUGGGGUGCUAGAUUGCGUCAAAGAUGGGUUGAUGUUACUGGUGAAGAAUGUGUUAUGCCACUAAACUUAAAAGAAUGUCAGCGUCUACAUCAUGCUCUAUUACAAGCUGAUGAUGUGGCUUUCGAGGAAAUUAUUCCUAAAGAGGGAGAACAUAGUGAGGAUGAGCAACAAGACGCUCAAGAGCAAGACACAAUCGCAAAGAAGUCUGAUCACAAUAUAGAUACUUUUGUCAAAGAUGUAGCAGACUAUAGUUUUCUAAAAGAGUUAGGCAUGAUAGAAGAAACAGAAACGGAAGAACUUGCGGGAUACUUUGAAGGUAUGAAGAAAAUAGCUAGUAUAGAAGAUCACGCACCAGAAGGAGACAUUCAUUUUGAAGAAGGUCCGGUUGGAAGAGAUCUAGAAAGACCACAUCAAAACCGGUCUUUAAUGAGCAAAUGGGAAGCUAAAGUACCUAGAAGGUCAAACCCUGCAUAUGCUUUCAAUGAUAUGGUAGAAGGAGCAAAGAAAUAUAAGGAAAUUCCAUAUAUGCCUAAGUUAAUAGCUUCGGCUAGACAAGAAAUGACAAGAGUGUUUCAAACAGAGUUUAAAAGGAAAGAACAAAUCAAGUCAGCAAUAGCUGUAAAAUGUAUAUAUUAUAGGAAAGAAAAAAAGGAUAGAACUGAUAAUAAGGCACCCAGAAUCAUCAGAAUAGCAGAAAAAUGGCAUAGAGGAGAAAUGCGAGCUCUUCUCUCAGAAAACUACAUAGAUGAACAUUUAACUAGCUCUAGUGGGGAAAUAGAUAAUAAAAUAGAAGAAUACUUAGAAAAUGGGUCUAACUGGAUUUUAGUACGAAUUGAUAUGGUUUAUAUUGAGGCAUAUAAUUUAAAACGAGCCACUGGAGGAUCUUUCAUAUCUACUCCAAAAAAGUUAGCCAAUACCAAGUGUACCAUUAAUCCAGAUAAUCAACUUUGCUGA